CAUUAACGUUGGUUGGAUAUAAAUAGGUGCCGCUAUAGUAGCAUGGCUCAAACGCGUAGUGUAUGCGAUAUGAAUUCGGUCAGAAACUGUUUACAGAGCACAUGGGUGUGUGUACAUCCGUGUGACACAGAUCAUGCUGUUUCACGAAGGAGGAUUUGAUAAAUGAUACAAUGUUUUUGUUAGGUUAUUUCGCACUAUUGUUUAUCAUGGAUGCGAGUAGUUUAGAACCAGGCAGGGAUUGUCAAAAUACUUCCCGAGUGUGUGAUCAGAGUUCCACGCCGUGUACAUGUCAAGAAUACGAAAACAUGGCCACGCUAUGUUUCUUUGUCAACACGACCAGUAAACAGUUUAUUGUGGAGAUCAACUCAGCGGAACAGGCCGAUUUCCUUAUCCGGGUUGUUCAACACCAACCGAUGCAAUCUACUGUUUUGAGAUUUGAAACAAAACCGAGUUCCUGUCGAUUGCUGAAUAUACCAGAGGGAAGCUAUAAAAUAAAGAUUGAAUCGAUAACAAGGAAAAACCAAGUCAAGUGUUUUUGUGGUGGUCAAAUGGAUGCCUGGUGUGACAGUUGUAAUGUCAAAAAUUUCGCAGGAACCUUGACAAGUCGAACUCCGGUACUCUCAUCUACAGUAGCAUUAGCCCCCGGUACAAGGUUUACAUCGACGCAUGACCCUAACAUUGUUGACUUGUCAACGCUGUCAGAAAAUGGAUCGGAUUCUGAUACUGAUUCCCAUCGAAGCGAUCAACCGGACGAUCGUGAUACACACGUGGUGAUUGCUGUAUCUACCUGCGUCGUACUGGUCAUUUCGUUGAGUUUGUUCAUCUGGCAAUGCAAAGGUAAACACAUCAGCUAAAUAAAUUACACUGCAUCAUACAUACAACGUCAUGUUAGAGCAUUUUCAUUUCAUGCUACUGUGUGUUAUCAUUGGGUAUGCACAUAUAACAAAGGCCAACAUAGUAACCACGCCUUUCAUUUUAAAACAAUACCUUAAACAGUAAAGCCGGGUUAUACUGCCACUUUUUGUCCAUAAAAAUGUCGGCGUUAUAAAGAGAUUUGGCGAUAAAUUGAGAAAAAUGUGUGAAGUGUUUCUUAAGAAAACGAGAAAAACGAGAUAGCAAAUUAAACCAGGCACAUUAUAUCGAGGGUUUACUGUACCUCUCAUGGUUUGGAAUCAAAGGAGCACAUACGGAUUGUUGUUUCUUGCAAAAUGGAAGCAGAAUGAUACCAACAAUGGAUAUUAUAUCAAUUUUUUAUCAAACUGAAAUAUAAUGGAAUGAAACAUUUUUAAGUAUUACUAUUCAACAUUUGAACUACCGCCCAACUAGCCAUGGUAAUUUGCUCUUAGGCAAUUUACAUUGCAUACAUAGAUAUCCCAUCCAUAAAGUCAUACAAGAUAUCAAUCAAUACAACUGGAGAACAUCGCAUGAGCAUGAACAGCCUUUUCAAACGCAAACUACUAGUUUCAUGCCACAUGAUCCCUCUUUUUAUCUUUUUCACAUUGAUUUUUGGAUGCUGUGUAUAGCAUUCAUAGCGGUCCUCGCCAAGCCUGGGCAAAACAAAACCAAACAACAUACUUUCUUCUUCCACGGAAGAUCUUUAAAUGCUGUGUUGAUUAUGUUAUGGUAUGAUUAAUGCUAUAAAAUGAUGAAAUACAUAUGAAAACGAUCAAUAAGUCAAGGAAAAAAUGUUAAAAUUUUACUAAAAGGCAAGUUGUUUCAGUGAGCAUCAUGAACUAUAUCAAUCUCACAUUAUUACGCUUUUUGGACCAAAUACUUUCUUCACAAAAAAAACAAACAACACUUUAUCUCCUUCCGCGAAAGAUCUGUAGAUAAUGUGUUCAUUAUUUCAUGAUAUGAUCAAUGAUAUCAUAUGGUAAAAUAUAUCUG